UGAAUAGUAUUAUGUUCUGAAGACGAGGAACGGUUGGUAAGGGAUUUGUUCCGAGACUAUAACAAACUGAUUCGACCGGUCGAAGUGAUGAAUGAGACGGUUGAAGUCCAUUUCAAACUAUCAUUUAUUCAACUUAUUAAUGUUAACGAAAAGAAUCAAAUAAUGACAUCCAAUGUAUGGCUUCAACUCAUUUGGGACGACUAUCAGUUGAAAUGGGAUGAAGCAGAUUAUGGGGGCAUUUCAGUGCUCCGGUUGCCGCCCGACAAAGUAUGGAAACCCGAUAUAGUUCUGUUCAAUAAUGCUGACGGCAACUAUGAGGUGCGGUAUAAGUCAAACGUAUUGAUAUACCCGUCGGGUCAGCUGAUGUGGGUGCCACCGGCCAUCUACCAGAGCUCGUGUCAGAUAGACGUCACGUACUUCCCAUUUGAUCAGCAGAAGUGUGUCAUGAAGUUUGGGUCGUGGACUUUCAAUGGAGAUCAAGUGUCCUUAAAGCUAUACCAAGAGAACUAUUGGGUCGACUUGUCGGACUACUGGAAGAGUGGCACCUGGGAUAUAGUGGAGGUGCCCGCCUUCCUCAACGUCUACAACAAUUCGAAAUACGGAAAGCCUACUGAGACUGAUAUAUCAUUUUACAUAACAAUCCGCCGCAAGACUCUCUUCUAUACGGUCAACCUCAUCCUCCCAACAGUCCUCAUCUCAUUCCUCUGUGUCCUCGUCUUCUACUUGCCCGCAGAGGCCGGCGAAAAGGUAACUCUAGGCAUAUCCAUAUUGCUAUCACUGGUUGUGUUUCUGCUGCUGGUGUCGAAGAUAUUGCCUCCGACUUCGUUAGUGCUGCCCUUAAUCGCCAAAUACUUGUUGUUUACGUUUCUUAUGAACUGCGUGUCAAUACUGGUGACAGUGAUUAUCAUCAAUUGGAACUUCCGAGGACCUAGGACACAUAAGAUGCCCAACUGGGUCAGAGUAGUCUUUCUCAAAUACCUACCGGUGCUUCUCUUCAUGAAGAGACCCAAAAAGACUCGCUUACGAUGGAUGAUGGAUAUGCCUGGCCUUCACUACCAGCACUUCCAUCCAUCCCAUCAUCACCAACAACAGGGCGGAUCUCCUGAUCUCAAACAGUGUACCGUUAAGUCCAAAGUUGAGUUCAUGGAGUUGGCAGACAUUGGACAACCGCAACACAACCUCCCUCUGGGCCAUCACCCCAACUGCACUAAAGCCACACAACCGCCUCAAAGUAAGGCAUCACUUGAUAGGGACAGGGAUGCUCUCAGAGACAACGAAAGCAUUGAUAUGCUAUACCUGACACCCGAGGCGUACAGAGCGGCCGAAGCCAUCGAAUUCAUCGCCGAACACUUGAGGAGUGAAGACGAAUAUAUUCAGAUUCGUGAGGACUGGAAGUAUGUAGCGAUGGUUAUCGAUAGACUCCAGUUGUAUAUAUUCUUCGGAGUGACAGCGUUUGGUACGAUUGCCAUACUGUUGGACGCGCCGCAUAUCUUCGAGCCCGUGGAUCAGGACGCGGUCAUCGACAGACAUCGGGGCAAAGUAUAGCCCGGUUGUCAAAAUCAUUUGAACAAAAGGCAAACUUGUGACAAAUAUGUUUUAAUAUUGGUUAUACUGUACAGUUAUAGUAUGUCUGUAUGAUAUGACUGACUACUGUAAUAAUAAAUGAUAAAUGAAUAAUAAUAAUAAUAAUAAACUCAAAUUUUGUUGUGCUCAAAUUUUAAUUUAUAAGACAAAUACGAUAUUCCUUA